AUGCCUCCACGACUCUCCUUGCGAGCUAGUGUCCUCGGACAGCUUGUCCCCAAAUCCGCCAUAAGGGCUGAAUGUCAAUUGACCCUCAAAGCCAGUUCCGCUCCCCGAGCCCGUCUCUCGAACCCAACGCCACCAUUUGCUGCCCACCGCCAAUUCUCGCAGAGCCCCUUCCUGCUUAAGAAGAAAGGCCGGGCCGAGCGCGAAGAGAAAGAAGCUGCGUCCUCGCAGGCCAGCGAAGCAGACGACCCCUUCGACUUCUCAACCUUAGAUGCCGGCAUCGAGAAAGCCUUGGACAAGCUCAAGAGUGACCUGUCGAAGCUGCGCACGGGCGGGAGGUUUAACCCGGAGGCGCUGGAGAACCUGAGGGUGCAUCUGGCGAAGGACAGUAGAGCCAGCGAGAGGCUGGGGGAUUUGGCGCAGGUGUUGCCGAAAGGGGGUCGGAGCUUGAUGAUACUGGUCGGGGAGAAGGACCAUGUCAAGCAUAUCAUAUCAGCGAUUCAAGGGUCCAAGGAUCUGAACCUGCAGCCCGUACAGGAUGCACAGAAUGCUUUGCAGCUAAACGUACCGAUACCGCCUCCGACGAAGGAGUCGCGCGAUUUGGCUUUGUCGGCGGCGAGUAAAGCGGGAGAGACGGCCAAUGUUGGAAUCAGAAAUGCUAGAGGAGCAAUGCAGAAGCGGCUGAGAGCCAUGGAGAUCAAGAAGACGGUCCGGCCGGACGAUGUGAAGAAGGCACAAAAAGAGAUGGAGAAGAUUACUGAAAAGGGAGUAGCUGAUGUCAAGAAAGCCGUGGACGCGGCGCGUAAGGCUAUGGAGCAGUCUUGA